GAGUCUGCUGCUUCUGGUGACAGCGUUUCCUCCUGCUGGAAGAUGAUGAAUGCAUGAGGAGAGAGGCUCUGAGCCUGCUUCUAUGCUGCGGGAGUGUCUCUGCCUCUCUCUCUCCCACUCCCCUUUCCCUGUUCCUGUGUGUGUGUUUGGCUCCCCGGCUGUGUGUGCGUGUACACUGUGUAUAUAUAUCUGAGCUGGGAGGUUAUUGCGAGCUUCUCUCAGCAGCGCUGCUCUGUGCAGGAAGAAGGGCUCAGCUGCAGUGGAAGCAUCAACAGCAGCAUUAGCAGCACCAAUAGCUCGUUACUCCUUUCUCCCUUCCUUUCAUCUCCAUCUCCCUUUACCUCCCCAUCCCCCCCCCCCUCCCACCCCAUCCUCCUACCCCCUCACAUCUUUGGAGGAAUUGCUUUUUUUCUUCUCCUACAAACCUUGUUAUUUGAUACUUCGUGGCUUUUUUUUUUUUUUUUUUUUUUUUUCUCUGUUGUGAGGCGGACACCAAACAAAAAAAAAGAAAAAUAAGAGAAAGAAAAGUACAGCGACUUAUUCUACUGCUGCAAACCCAGAGACAGCAGACGAAGAGGGCGGUUGGCUUCUACCCCAAGGUAAAGCCCUGCCCCCUUUACCUCCUUGCCAACUCCUCCGAGAAAAAGAAGGGGAGAGAGAGUAGGGGCCAAAGUGGAGAACAGCAGGUCUGCGGCUGGCAUUUGGAGUACAGGGAACCAGGAAGUGAACGAUGGUUGUGGUUACCCGAUCUGGCUGCAGGGCAGCUCUCUUCCUCUGGAUUUUCAGCAGCAUUAGCUGCAGAGCCAGGACUGCUCUGCCUGCAUCUCAAAAAUGUGAUGAAGCUCUGGUCUCAGCGUUACCCCACUCCUCCUUCAGCAGUUCAUCAUUUAUGACAAGCAGCUAUGUGCCAGGAUAUGCCAAGUUAAACAAAAGAGGAGGUGCAGGAGGUUGGUCUCCAUCUGACAGUGAUCAUUAUCAGUGGCUGCAGGUGGAUUUUGGGAAUAGGAAGCAGAUCAGUGCUAUUGCAACUCAAGGCAGGUAUAGCAGUUCUGACUGGGUCACUCAGUAUCGGAUGCUCUAUAGUGAUACAGGGAAAAACUGGAAACCAUAUCACCAGGAUGGAAAUAUCUGGGCAUUUCCUGGAAAUACAAACUCCGAUAGUGUGGUUCGACAUGAUUUACAACAUCCAGUUAUCGCUCGCUAUGUACGUGUAGUUCCUUUGGACUGGAAUGGAGAAGGCCAAAUUGGGCUGAGAAUUGAGGUCUAUGGCUGCUCCUAUUGGGCUGAUGUUAUCAAUUUUGAUGGCCAUGUAGUGUUACCAUACAGAUUCAGGAACAAGAAAAUGAAAACAUUGAAAGAUGUCAUCUCACUGAAAUUUAAAACCUCUGAAAGUGAAGGUGUAAUCUUCCAUGGAGAAGGACAGCAAGGAGACUAUAUCACCUUGGAACUCAAGAAAGCCAAACUUGUUCUAAAUUUAAAUUUAGGUAGCAACCAGCUUGGCUCUAUUUAUGGCCACACAUCUGUGAUGACAGGCAGUCUCUUAGAUGAUCACCACUGGCACUCCAUCAUCAUAGAGCGCCAUGGAAGAAACAUUAAUCUCACCCUGGACAGACACAUUCAGCAUUUCCGAACCAAUGGAGAAUUUGAUUACCUGGACCUGGAUUAUGAGAUAACCUUUGGAGGCAUGCCUUUUUCUGGGAAGCCAAGUUCUAACAGCAGGAAAAAUUUCAAAGGCUGUAUGGAGAGCAUCAACUACAAUGGCAAUAACAUCACUGAUCUUGCCAAGAGGAAGAAAUUGGAGCCUUCUAAUGUGGGAAAUUUAAGUUUUUCUUGUGUGGAGCCACAUACAGUGCCUGUCUUUUUCAAUGCCACCAGUUACCUUGAGGUUCCUGGUCGCCCAAGCCAGGAUCUGUUUUCAGUCAGUUUCCUUUUCCGAACCUGGAACCCCAAUGGACUUCUUGUCUUCAGCAACUUUGCAGAUGGCCUGGGCAAUGUUGAGAUUGACAUUAAUGAAGGCAAAGUCAGUGUUCACAUCAAUGUCACCCAAAUCAAGAAGAACCGAAUAGACAUCUCAUCAGGCUCUGGUCUCAAUGAUGGGCAGUGGCAUGAAGUUCGAUUCCUAGCUAAGGAAAAUUUUGCUGUUCUCACCAUUGAUGGAGAUGAAGCUUCAGCUGUGCGAACAAAUAGCCCUCUGCAAGUUAAGACUGGAGAGAAAUAUUUAUUUGGAGGGUUUCCUAUGCAGAUGAAUGACUCAGAUCACUCGCUAUUUCAGCAUUCAUUUCAAGGAUGCAUGCAGUUUAUUCAUGUGGAUGAUCAGCUGGUGGAUUUGCAAGCAAUAGAGCAAGGCAAACUAGGAAGCUUUGCCAACGUAACCAUUGACAUGUGUGCAAUUAUUGACAGGUGCGUGCCCAAUCACUGUGAACAUGGUGGCAAAUGCACCCAGACGUGGGACAGCUUCAAGUGCACUUGCGAUGGAACUGGAUACAGUGGUGCCACUUGUCAUAACUCUAUUUAUGAACUCUCUUGUGAAGCAUACAAACACUUGGGCAAAACUUCAAAUUACUACUGGAUAGAUCCAGAUGGCAGUGGGGCACUGGGACCUUUGAAAGUUUACUGCAACAUGACAGAGGAUAAAGUAUGGACAACUGUCUAUCAUGAUCUGCAACCACAGACUUCUGUGGGAGGCAACAGCUUGGAAAAAGUCUCUGUACUGCAGCUCAACUACAGUGCAACGAUGGACCAGAUUUCUGCCAUUACCAGUAGUGCUGAAUACUGUGAGCAGUUUAUCUCAUAUUCUUGCAAGAUGUCCCGGCUGCUUAAUACACCAGAGGGGAAUCCAUAUACGUGGUGGGUUGGAAAAGCCAAUGAGAAGCACUAUUACUGGGGAGGAUCAGGACCUGGUAUUCAAAAAUGUGCCUGUGGCAUUGAACGCAACUGUACCGAUCCCAAGUACUACUGCAACUGUGAUGCUGAUUAUAAACAAUGGAGAAAAGACACUGGGAUGUUGUCAUACAAAGAACACCUACCUGUGAGUCAAGUUGUUGUUGGAGACAUUGACCGGCCUGGGUCUGAAGCCAAGAUAUCUGUGGGUCCUGUGCGUUGUCAAGGAGAUCGAAAUUACUGGAAUGCAGCUUCUUUCAUCACAUCAUCAUCCUAUCUUCACUUCUCCACCUUCCAAGGGGAAACAAGUGCAGAUAUCUCUUUCUAUUUCAAAACAUCGGCCUCAGAUGGGGUGUUUCUUGAGAAUCUGGGGAACACUGACUUCAUCAAACUGGAGCUGAAAUCUGCUACAGAGGUUUCCUUUUCAUUUGAUGUUGGAAAUGGGCCUGUGGAAAUCAUCGUUAGGUCUCCCAACCAGCUGAAUGAUGACCAGUGGCAUCGGGUCAAUGCUGAGAGAAAUGUCAAACAAGCCAGUCUGCAGGUAGACCAGCUGCCCCUGGAGGUUCGGAAAGCCCCAACAGAAGGACACACACGACUGGAAUUGUACAGCCAGCUCUACGUUGGUGCUGCAGGAGGCCAGCGGGGUUUCCUAGGUUGCAUUCGUUCAUUAAGAAUGAAUGGGGUGACACUGGACUUGGAAGAGAGAGCAAAAGUCACACCAGGGGUGAAGCCUGGCUGCUCUGGCCACUGCACAAGCUAUGGGAUGUACUGCGCAAAUGGUGGCAAAUGUGUAGAGAAAUACAACGGCUACUCCUGUGACUGCUCCAAAACUGCAUAUGAUGGACCAUUUUGUAUUAAAGAUGUGGGAGCAUUUUUUGAAGAGGGAAUGUGGCUUCGUUACAACUUCCACUCCGCAGGGACCAGCAUGAAGGAUUUAGUUAGCCGAACCCUGUUGAGUUCCACAGAUCCUGAGACCACAGCAACUGACCUUAACUUGAAUAAAGAAGAGCUCAGCUUCAGCUUCAGUACUACCAAGUCACCUUGUGUCCUUUUGUACAUCAGUUCCUAUACCCAGGACUUCCUGGCGGUACUUGUCAAGCCAUCUGGGAAUUUGCAAAUUCGGUACAGCCUAGGAGGUACCAAAGAGCCAUAUAAUAUUGACAUCGACCACAGAAACAUGGCAAAUGGACAGCCCCAUACUGUAAACAUCACACGGAAUGAACGGGACAUAGUUCUACAGCUUGAUCACUAUCCUCCAACAAGUUACAGCUUGCCAACAGCAUCUGACAUACUGUUCAAUUCCCCAAAGGCACUCUUCCUAGGAAAAGUUAUAGAAAUUGGGAAGAUUGACCAAGAUAUAUAUAAAUACAACACACCAGGAUUCACUGGCUGCCUAUCAAGAGUACAGUUCAACCAGAUUGCUCCACUAAAAGCAGCUUUGAGACCUACCAACACCUCCUCUCACGUCCACAUUCAAGGAGAACUGGUGGAAUCCAACUGCGGAGCAUCACCACUGACAAUCCCACCAAUGUCGGCCGCAACUGACCCGUGGCACUUAGAUUCAGCCAGUGCUGAUUUCCCGUACAACGGUCAAGCUAUAGGAGAUGGAGUUAACAGAAACUCUGCCAUUAUUGGAGGGGUCAUUGCUGUGGUGAUCUUCACCAUCCUCUGCACCUUGGUGUUCCUGAUCCGCUACAUGUUUCGCCACAAGGGAACCUACCACACCAACGAGGCCAAAGGGGCAGAGUCAGCUGAGAGUGCCGAUGCUGCCAUCAUGAACAAUGACCCCAACUUUACGGAGACCAUCGACGAAAGCAAGAAGGAAUGGCUUAUCUAAGCCCACAGGGAGGGGGCCUGGGGUGGGAUACAAGCAGGGCCAGGGUGGGACUGGGAUGACUCUUGCAGUGGGGAGAGAACACUCUGCAUUGGACGCUUGAGCACAUGUAUGGUAAAAAGAUCAGCACAACUGGAGGAGCAAGUGACAGGAAAAACUACUGAGACUGCAGGAAAAAAAGAAUAUCACAAGCAUUUAAGAAAAAUACUUUUUAAUAUUUAUUUACAGCAAAUUGCCCCUUCUGUAUUCUCACAACUACAACAAAGAGCAGUUUUGCAGCUUCAGCACUGUUUAAAAUUUUCAGUAAUAACUGUAUUUUUUCUGUAUGUGUUUAGAGGUGUCCUAAAGAACAAGAAACAGGGCUGUUUUUUUUUUACAUUUUUUAAAAGCUGUUUAAAAUGGGGGUAGUUCUGUCCUGAGAACAAGUCACAGACCUUUGUUCCCAGCAUUGUGUUCCUUCAUGGGUGGCCACUUCCCCACAGGCUGCCGUCAGCUCUGCACCUUCACUUUAUUACGGUUCAUUUCGGUGGUAUUGAACCAGGGGUUCAGGGCUGGGAGUGGGACAGAGGGGUGAAGAUGGAUGCUUAAUGAAAAUUAUACUUGCCGUUUUUUUAAAAUCCCUGGCAGGAUCCAUCUUUUUUGACCCAGGCACUUUGUUGAUUGUGGACAAUUCUCAUCAGCUUUGUAAAAAUACUGUUAUUAUGACUACUACUACUACUACCAGAGAGGAUGAUUGUAAAACACAGGAAGCUUUUGUUUGUUUGUUUGUUUUGGUUAUUAUUAUUUUGUUGGACUCUGAGAGGAAGGAUGGUGCCAUGCAAGUCUGUAGACCUAGCCUGUUCCUGUAUCUUUGGCAGUGGUGUUGAUGAUCAGAGGCACAUGCUAGUUGAAGCCCAGCUCUGCCUGUGACUUUCUGGUAAAUACUGUCCUUAAGCAUAAGCAUUGCAGUAGGGAAUUAGAGCCAGAUGUUGUUUACUUCUGUUUCUUUUUUAUAGGCUGUCUCAGAAACAUUAGUACAGCUCUAGUUUAAACUCACGGACUUCACUAUCACUUCAUGAUACUUUUUACAGCUUUUUACAGCUCUGGCACAGCAAUUAACUUUUUAAUCCCUUGUUUUAGUACCUUCCUGAAGAAAGUCUCUGCUGGCAGAAUUCACACAGGCAGGAAGGUGAAGCAACUUCACCUUGAAAAGUUCUUGCUUGAAAGUUCUGCCCAGAGAGAAAAAUGCACAGCCCUACAGAGGAGUUACUUUUCAAUACGUAGAUCUUCCUGGACUAUUACUUGUCUUUGUAAGGCAUUUUCAAGAACAGCGAGGACAAUGCCAAGUGCAGCAUUAUACCCCAUGUCCUCUCUCAGACUGGGGAAGUUGCUGUUGGCACCUGAGAAGCAGACAAGCAGCUACAGGAAAGUCAAUGGGGCAGCCUGAAGACCUAAUAUCCCUUGAUGGCAAUAAAGUAGCUUUAGCUUGCCCUCUACAUAUGUGCAUGGCUCUCCAAUGGCCUGUUUUGGUAAAAACUUAGGGUCUUAAUGGGCAGUUUUUGCAGUGGAACAGAAUAAAUGAAUGAAUGUAUUGCAAGGCAUUUUCUGUGUGCUAAAACAACAGAUGCAACAACAAGAAUUUCCCUUUAGAAGUAUCUAAGCUUGUGACAGUGUUAGAUUUGCUUUACCUUUAAUAUCGCUGGGUUUAAUAUGCGCAGAUUUAAUCCAUUUUUCUUUACAAGAAAGAUUUAUUUUUCAGAUCCAAAUCUAAAAUUUACUACGCUGACCCGUAUUGGCAUCUUUAAUUCCCUUAUCUUUUUAAUUGUAUUUUUCAUUAUUUUAGUUUACGUUUUAAAAUAAAGAAAAAAAAAAUCACGGAGAGGGAGGAAGAUAUUGGAGCCUUACCUGACAAGAAGUUUGUAAGCACAGUUUUUCAGACACACACAGGGCCAGAUACUUUUGUAUAAGGGUGGUAGCGUAAAGUCCUCUGCUAGAUUCAUUGAACAUAUGUCAAUGUUCUUUUGACCAAAUCAAAGCCAUUUAUUUCUUCUGUUUAUGGAUUUGGAAUUAUCAUACAAAAAGUUGCCAGUUUCAAACAAAACUCUUUCUCAGGUAACAUUGUGUGGCAGAGGGGUUCAGGUAGACGCGAAAGCCACUUCUGUUACUCUUGUGCUCUACAGUCUUUUGCCUUGCCUCCAGUAUCAAUAUCUCCCUCUCUUGUGCUUAAUUAAGUGGAUGAGUCAUUUUUUCGUAUGGAUGUAAGAUAAGUCUCCACCCCUUUGGAAAAUAUCCACUUGGGAUGGAUCUAGCCUGCACCACUAACUAUUCAGCAAAAUACUUUGGUUGUUCCAUGCUGCACAGAUGUCUAUCUAUGACUAGAAAGAUGUUCUCUCUUUUGUACAAUUUUAUAUAUUUUGAUUUUGGUCCACUCUGAAAAGCAUCCGUGUCUUAAACUUCAAGUUACCAAGAGAAGUGAAUAUAGCAUCAUUUGCAUAGGUUGGAAUUUGGUUUGCAGCAAAAAGAAGCUACUUACUAAUCUGAAUUUAAUGUCAGGGAAGGGGGAUCAAACGCAUGUAUCCUAAGAGACUGGAAUCCUCUGAUGCUAGAGGAUGUGGGAGACACAGACUUACCAGCCACAGUGCAAAUUUGCCAAAUGCCUCAGCAUGGUACUAGAGGGGAAAUAUGGCUUGGUCUCUGUGCGUAACCAAGUCCUUGGCUAAGAUAGGGACUGCUGUUGGAUUAUGGUAAUGGGUUCUGACAUCUAUUCACCAACUUUCUGAAAGAUUACUAGCCAAUCUCUCACAACCCUGCAAGCGGAAAUGUCUGGAAAACAACCUUUGACCAUUGCACAUGCAAUAGUUGUAAAUUCAUGUCUUGAACUUGAAAGACAGGAUUUACAGUUGUUAAAUUAAGUUGCAAGCAUCAGCAUCUCUCCAUUGACUGGACACUGUGGACCUCUUUAUACGAAGCCCAGUAAUGCUGUGUUAAAAUGUUGAUAGUCUUUGAUCUUGUUGCAAUUUUCCUGAUACAAUCACUUUCAUAACUCUAGAAACUCUUUGAAUUAACUAUUAGAAUCCUUCCUUCCUCUUAUACUGGAUCUUAUACAUGAUAUUUUAGACUAGCAGCUGAUCUCUGUUUUCAUGACUGUAGGUGAAUUCCUGGCUUCCUGCUUUGUUUUUAAUUUCUUGAGAAUGUUGUAUGCUUAAUUAUAGGCACUGGCCAUUAAGCUGCCUAGGAAUGAAGCAGGAGCAGACUCAGAAAAGUAGCUCGUAUAUUUCUGCUAGCACCAUAUCUACUCUAAGCAGUUCUUCAUCUGUAGGCCUAUUGGAGGUUGCAACAACAUCCAUAGUUUAUUUCACCUAUUCUUAUUUGUGCCAAAAAUCCAUAUUAUUUGACAGAUACUUCCCCCCAGUAUCUGUACUUUCCCCCAGAGAAUAUUAAAACAAGCAGUCUUGUAUCACCUGCUUUUAGCUGUAUCACCUAUUUGAACUGCACAAGCAAAUGUAGCCUCUUGCACUGGCUGGGGAACUAAAGUGUCCCAGUUGUGUUUAUAGCAGGCUUGUUGUGAUUUCCCUGGAACUGAUGGUAAAACUGCUACCAGCUGUCGGGAGAGCCAGACUGGGCUGGAGACCAGGAGUCUCUGUGUUAGCAAUAUUUGGAUAUUCAUUCACAACACAUGCAGACCACUAGAAAACAAGUUGUAGAGCUCCAAAGAGCCAAAAUGGUGAAAAACUAAUCUUGAUGUCAACCCAGCCUCAAGGGGAAAUCUGCAAUCCAAUCUGUUGGUUUUGAGUCAAGUCUUUCACGCACUGCUUAUUCCAUACUUACUGAUAGAAAAUUCAGGUGUAUUAAAUAAGAAUAUGUGUCUUUAAUUGGUACUGGAACAUUUCUGCAUUGUAUUUUUCUUGUCUUAAACCUUACUAUACCUUUUAUAUUGCUUGUAGCAGUUACCACUUCAAAGAUAUGGCAGCAUUUUAACAUUGUGCUCUAGCUAGCAUGAUGUAUACGAAAGGACGGUUAACAUAAAUAUUUUAGUAUGACUGCCAGAGCAGUGGUGUAUAUGUACAAGUUUAUUGUAAUAAGAAUUCAGUAUAAAACAGUCUAGUAAAUAAUUACAUUUUAAUUAAAACAGUGUCCUUUAAUGGCAGAUGCAUCUAAUCACUGGGAUAUCUGUUGAAAUAGGAAGCUAUCUCGGUUUGACAAGCAAUAGCUUUUAAUUUGGUUUUUCCCUUAAAUUAUUUCACAUUCCAGUGAGCAUGGUGACUCUGAAAGGCUGUCAUCUUUAAAAAGCGGAACCUAGAUUCUGUUAAUCAUUGUCCAUCCUAGAGAUAUGAAAACUUUCCUUCUAAAAGCAACAGCAUGUAAAUUAGAAUGAACGAAGGACAACAUGUAUGUAUGCCUAAUAUCUUCUGUGAAUGUCUUUCCUUUUAACUGAAGUUUUAUUAGAAAUAAGGUUGGUAAAUAAAAA